AUGUACUGGACGAAAGAUCAGAAUCUUCUUUUAAUAAGAAAAGUGCUAACUGUUGAUCCGUAUAGCCAGCCAAAGGGAAGUAAGGAGAGAGCGAAACUGUGGAAAGAAACUGUCUUAAACCUGAGUGCAGUGUAUGAGCCCCGUUUCUCGGUUUCUGUGAGGUCUGUAAGAGACUGUGUAAACCUGGUUCUAAUAAAGAAACACAAAAGAAAGGUUGCAGAAGAAAGCAAGGCCAGCGGAAUAGCAGUUGAUGAGCCCUCAGAGUUUGAUGCAGCAGUUGAAGAAAUAUGUGAGAAAGCCGAGGCUGCAGAGAGAGAGGAAAAAAAGCCAUUGUAG